CAUACUUUCUGUACCGAAAGGAAAAAAAGUUAUUCCACGGGUCAUACGUCAUUGCCUUCCCGAACAAAUAUUUAAUUUAAUCACAAUAUUAGUAUCCAAUUUUGAAACAUUAGAUGUAUGCAAAGGUGCAAUUUGGGGGCCUCAAGGAAAUGUUAGUCCAACAAUGUUAGAAGAAGUUGAACUGUUUAUGAACACUGUUGUCCCACCUUUGCUACAAUUUGUUGCUGAAUCCCCAUUAAGGAUUGUGAUUGGAUUAUUUGGAUUAUUUAUCGAAAGAAAUAAUAUC